AUGGCCGCGGCGCAGCAGCAGGGUAAAGGCAAAGCCAGGCCCAGGGUACAGGUGUUUGAGUCGGAGGAGGCCCUGGCGGUGGCCUUGGCUGAUUACGUCAGGCACUUGUCCUGUCAGUAUGUGGAAGAAAAGGGUGCCUUCACGGUUGCUUUAUCCGGUGGCUCUCUGAUUCGGUCUCUCAGGAAAUUAGUGGAACCGGCUUUUGUUGGUUCAGUGGAUUGGUCCAAAUGGCACGUCUUCUGGGUCGACGAGCGAGUUGUUCCUAAAGAUCACGCUGAUAGCAAUUACUUCCUGGCUUAUAACCAUUUCUUAUCCAAGAUACCAAUUCCGGCUGGAAACGUAUACACGAUGAAUGAUGCAUUGUCGGCUGAGGCAGCCGCGGAUGACUACGAGACCUUCCUCAAGCAUCUGGUUAAGACCAAUGCUCUGCAGGAAUCCAAUGAUACCGGCUUUCCGAAAUUUGAUCUCGUGCUUUUGGGGAUGGGGCCAGAUGGACAUAUUGCCUCUCUUUUCCCAGGACAUCAACUCCUGGAUGAGAAUAAAAGAUGGGUUAGUUUUUUGAAGGACUCGCCCAAACCUCCGCCGGAGAGGAUCACCUUCACGUUACCAGUUCUGAAUUCUUCUGCAAAUGUGGCCCUUGUCGUGGCGGGACAAGCAAAAGCUGAAGCUGUUCGUGAGGCACUGGGGGAGGGUGAUCACGAGGUGGCAGCCCGCCGGCUGCCGGUGAAAAUGGUGUCCCCUGAAGAAGGGAUGUUGAGUUGGUUCUUGGACAAGGGAGCAGCAUCAAAACUUGAUUCAAGCUGA